AUGUUUUCCUUCCUUUCCUCUGCAGGCAAUUCGGGUUACUUUGAUAGAAAUGAGAUCAGUAUCAUCAAAGCUAAAUACAAUCCUGGCCUUGAACUACAAUUGACAACAGAGUAUGGCUACAACUCUACAAAAUCGAUUUAUUUCAAAAAGGAGAUUGGGAUCUUGUAUAAGCUAAAGUAUGGUGAAAUAGGUGCAAUGGUUACGCCUAAAUCCAACCCUAUUGCUCAUUUUCAUGGUACUUUGAGACGCUUCUCCAAACUCGGUGGUUACAAGCUCACCUCCAUGUGUGUUGUUGACAUUAACAGACACAAGCUUGACAAGUUGAAUGGUGGUCUCACUAUGAUUGCAGGGAACUACUCAUUGCAACUGAACCUAGACGCUGAUAAUUCCGUGUUGUCAACCCGUCAUCGGAUUCACCCUAGGACUGUGACGCUCAGUGAGGUCACUAGUCCUUAUAUAAGGAAUCAGUGA